UUGUCACAACAAAUGACAACAAGACGAAGAUGACGUGUAUUUAAAAAUUAAACAAUAAAUUUAUGUUUUUGGGUGAAUUUUGUGAAAUUAUUUAUUAAAAAAUUAAAUAACAAAUAAUGGCUCUUAUGACAAUGAUAGCCCGCAUAGCGGACGGACUUCCGUUAGCAGCUACAAUGCAAGAAGACGAACAGACUGGGCGAAACAUUUUAGAUUACCAAAACCAGGCGAAAAUGUUGUUUAGAAAACUGGGGCCUCAGUCCCCGCCCAGAUGCACCAUUGAAACAGGUCCCUAUUUAUUCCACUAUUUAAUAGAGUAUGAAGUGUGUUAUUUGGUAUUAUGUGAGAAAACCUUCUCUAAAAGGUUGGCCUACUCUUAUUUGGAGGAUAUAGCACAAGAAUUUCACUCGCAAUAUGGCAGAAAAGUGAAUACAGUCACUAGGCCCUAUAGCUUCAUUGAGUUCGAUACUUACAUUCAAAAAGCAAAGAAGCAAUUUAGUGAUUCAAGAUCAAGAAGGAAUUUAAAUGUUAUUAAUAAUCAACUGCAGGAUGUACAGAGGAUAAUGGUGCAAAAUAUUGAUGAUGUUUUGCAAAGGGGCACAGUUCUUUCAGAAUUGGAUACGAAAACCCAAAAUCUAUCGCUGCUUACUCAAAAAUACAAAAAAGACGCCACUUAUCUAAACACAAAAUCUAUGUAUGUUAAGGCAGCAAUUGGAGGACUGGUUGUGUUUGUGUUUUUCCUCUACUUUUGGGUGUUGUAAAAAAAAUAUGCUGUUAUUUUGUUUUAUUACUGUGUCUAUAGAAUCUGUAAGUGUAAAUAAAUAUCUGAGGUGACUGGUAAUGUGAUUUUAGAUGAAUUAUUUGUCAUCUUGAUUGGUAUGGUUAUUUAUUUUGUUUAAGAGAAAUAUGAUAGCUACAUUAAAAUAUUAUUUUCCAUG